CUUAAAAUUUAAUAGCUAUGAAAGUUAAAGUUAUUAAGAAAAGACGAAUCAAAGGCAGGACUAAAUAUGAAAAAGUCACUGAAAAGAAACAGAACCUCCAACGAGUCAAGGAGUACAGGAUGAAAUCUAUCACGAUGUUCAAGCAAUGGAGAUUUCUAGAACCGACUCUAGAACGGACACGAGAGCUUAAAGUGAGUAUCCAAAAGAAUCUUGGAGAUAAUUUGCCAUCAAAAUUGGACAAUAAUUUCCCUUCAGAUCUUAAAGAAACCUUUGUUGCACUCCCUGUAUACAAAAAUGUACUACUCAAGUUGAUAGAGUACCUUACCCCUGUAGAGAUAGUUUAUAAGUAUGCCAGAGUUUGUAGAGCUUUCUACCUACAGACGCAUUGAUAUGAGUUUCUGUAUAAUUACCUCAUGUCCACAAUCGGCAAGAAGAAAUAUCUUGAGAUGAAGUACUUCAUAACUAUAAAUAUUUACCCAGAUAUCGACACAAUGUCCGGAGAUGAAUCACUAGCAGCUGAUGGAUCAGGUCCUGUAGAAAAUCACUCCAAGAGAGAAUACCUUAAUAGCUAUUUUGUUGAAGGUUAUGCAGACAAUACUAAACUUUCAGAGCGUAUUGAGGAAGACAAUAAAAGUACCUCAGAAGAAGAACGAGAUCUCGACAAUGAAAUCUCUAGGAUACAGAACAGAUCAAUUCAUAAAGAGACAGACCCGAUACUCACUAAGAUCAGAGAGAGUACGGACUUUCUCCACAGAUUUCUGAUAUUUUUAGCAGAACUCAAAGUUUGAGUGAACUGAGGAGUCAUGGAGGAGAAUAUUGAGUCUAAAAGUUUGCUCAUCAUCUGCCCUAUUUUAGGCAAACCUCUCUGUUUCAACUGUAAGAAGAGUGACAGCUACAAAAUGGUAAAUAUUAAAGGAGCCCUUAGGAAAUAUGCCUUAAAGAAGGAAGAAUUUGAUAGAAUGAAACUACGCUACAUCAGUGCUCCCAAUAGCUACUACUCCAAUAAACCUAUGAGACUUUACUACGAGUUCCAGGUCGAGGAGAAAAUGAAGGAAAUCAAUGAGAAGCGAGACCUCAUACAGCAAGAGAAAUCCCGUAAGAAGGAGUAUGAGAAGCUAGUCAAAAAGUUCAACAUUCAUUCUGAGAAACUUACUGAAAACCUCCUGUGUUUGCAAGAUCACUAUUAUGAUAAAGGUGAAUUUGAAGUCUUUGAUAAGUAUAUUGUGAAUGCAUAUCUGAACACACCAUAUCUUCAUCGAUAUCUAGAUAAGAAGUUGUACAAGGUUAGCCCAGAUGAACUCAUGCUUAAACUUUAUGAAAACCAUCCUUUGGAAGAAAAUUUUGUUAGGAAGACUUCCCUCCCUGAAGGCAAGUUUUUUUUACAAUAUUUGGAGGGCAAAGGAAUGUAUGAACUUAGAGAGAAGCGAUUUAAGAAGAAGAACUUCUCUGAGGAUAAGGAGAAUUCUAGUAUGGAUGAGAACGACAUAGAUGAACAAAAAACCAUCAAAUUAGCCGAAAAAGUCCCAAAAAGAGUAACUCGGAAGACUACUCAACCAGAACAACCCUCACCUCAAAAGACAGUUCCAGAACCUGAAACAUCACCUAAAAAUCCUAAAAACAACUGCAAAUCUAAAAAACCUCCAAAACCUAAACACAAUUCCAAACCUCCCAAACCCCCUAAAGACCCCAAACCACUUAAACCUCGCAAAAACCUCAAAAACCCCAAAAAAUCCAAAAUCAACACCCUCUUCUCCAAAAUCGAAAACCAAGCCAAAAAAUCCUCCAAAAAACGAAAAUGCAAGCAACGUCUCAAAAAAGGCUGCUACGCUGACCUUGACUCCUUCGAGCAGCCCCCAAAAUCUGCUAAAAAGAGAUCAGAGGAGGCCCAAAUAGAGGUCUUUGAGAAGCUAUUUGAGUCCAUAAACCACUAAUUAAUUACUAAUACUCUUCAAUAU